GCCACCGUAGCACGUGUCACGUGACGUCUCGCCGCACUCAUGGAGGCACACGUGUAGCGCGAGCUGACCUCGUGUAAUGGAUUUGUGUUUUGUUGUGCGCGAGACGCUUUAAUCGGUUGUGACGUAAGCGUUUAUAUUAAAUUCCAUGAGGAUGUCUGCACGGGCGCUGUGGCGUCGAGCGGCUACGCUGCGUGCAUGCGUCCGAUCGCCGCGUUGGUCAGUGCACGGAGCUCAGCACCUCUGUUCAGAGAGCGAAUAUGGAAGCGUACAGCAGGACGAAAAGACGCAAACGUUGCAACAGGGCACUGAAAAUGUCGAGGGGUGCUUGUUGGUAUACAAUCCCUCUGCUUACUACCAGUCCAGAGCAGAGAGUUCUGCCAUCCAGGGAGGUUCCGAGAGAGUAGAGGAAACCUCUCAGCCUGUCCCAAGUCCUGGGUUCAGACAACAAAAUAAUCGCUAUAUGAUCGGUCCCUCGCGCAAUUUAUCUAUCUCAAAAAAUGCCCAGCUUGGUUUUGCUUAUAAUAAGGACAUCACUGACAAAAAGUGUAAAUUUGAUCCUCCUAAAGAUAAGGUCUCCAUGUAUAUAAAAAAGGACACACGUGCCUUUCAGAGAUGUAGGUCUGAGUACAGCACGAUGACUCAUGACAUGUCUCAGCGUCCACCUGCUAUUCAGAUCAAAGACGGCUUGUCACUGCUUCAUAAAGCUGCCUUGAUGAAAAAUAUUGAUGCCUCAAAUGUAGCUCGUUUCAUUUGUGAACUCGGCCGCUUGGAACCUGAACAGACCGUGAUGGUCCGAGGCAACAUGCGGUUCUCCACGCUGCUACGCUACAGUGUGGAGAACCUUGAGAACUUCACACAUCUGCAGCUGAUUGAGGUUUUGCGGGCCUUCGUGAGAUUGGAAUUGUCUCACCACCACAACAUACUGGAAUUAUACGAAGCUGAAUUCAGUCGCCGGUCCGGUGAAAUGGAGCUGCACCAGCUACUGCUCAUAGCUGACCUGUGGCGAUGCCUCGGACGCUCAGUCCCCCAGUACAUAGACAAAUUGUGUGACUGUGUUAGCAAGCAUUUUAAUCAGAUGGGUCCACCAGAGCUGGUCCAGUUUGUGUAUAUACUGGGUGAAAGCAGACAAUGUCCUUCAUUUGUUCUUCAGUCUGUAGAAGACAUUAUAAUGCGCCAUCUAGAAGACCUGAAGGGUGAAGAAGUGGGAGCUGUUUGCUUGGGUUUGUUUAAAACUCAGAAUUCGCUCUCAGUGGGAGCUCUCCGCAGGCUUGUGGACCGAGCGUGUGUUGUAGUUAAGGAAAUUAGUGACUUUGGUAUUGUGAAUGUGAUGAAAUUAUUGAGAUUCAGCCACCUGGACCACCUCCACUGGUUGGAGUUGCUCAGCUCUGAAGUGCCUCGUCGCGCACCACAGAUGGCUGUCCAGGGCUUAAUGCAUAUUGCUUUGACCUGCUCUGCACUGCACUACCAUGAUGACCGUGUUCUCCUUGCUGUAGCAAAAAACUUACCCCAAUUACCAUCUCAAUACAGGAGCAAGGAUGCAGCUAAGCUCCUGUGGGCAUUUGGCAACCUGGGCAUCCUUCCUAGCCAGUGCCCCAGCCUUCACCCUCGACUCACACAAGCCCUGCGAGACAGAGAAUCUGAAUUCCGCAGCUACCCUGAACACCUCCUAACAGCCCUGCUUGGCUUGGCCUUUGUAGGUCAGUUCCCUCAUGACUUGCUGAGUUUGGCUUUAAGCCCUGAAUUCACAACCCGUGUCACAGGAUUGAUUGAUCUCAAGAAGGAUCUUUUCACUCUAGAUGGAACAGUGGCGAUUGAGCUGCCUGGCUGGACUGGGCCACGGAUGAACCCCUUAGUCCGGGUGGAGGUGACUAAACAGCUGUGGGAUUUUGCCCAGUCUGAACUGUGUCAGAAACCAGAGGUUCUUGAGGCAGAGGCUGUUCUACAGGAGCUGCUAGGAGGAAAGUUAUUUGUGCACAAGCGAAUGAUCCUACCACAUAUGCGCUCUAUUGACCUUGAAGUGCACUUGGAUCCCAGUGGAAAUCCUUUGCCUGUAGCAGCUGAGAACUACCAAAGCCAAUAUAAUCCAGACAAUGAAUCCCUUUGGCCUCUGAAUUGGAAAGAAAUGCAAACAGGAGUAACCCUGACAGAUGAUCUGCUGGUGCAGUUGACAAGUGGCAAGAAAACAGCCAUGUCAGCGGCACUGCCCCACCAGCAACCAGUUCUGUGUCCUGUGGAGGCUUCUACCAAAAGAGAACGCAUUCUGAGUGUGGGAGUUGACCUGACUGAUGAUCUCCUGCAUGCUAUCACUAAACAGCACGAGCAUUCUUCCAUUCCUGGCCAUGCUACCCCAGUGUCAUCUGUUGCUCGGCUUGCAGUUCAGGUGACCAGUAGAAACCAUUAUUGUUAUAGGACACAACGGUUAACAGGUCUGUAUGUGAUGAAAAGGAGGCAGUUAGCUUUGUCAGGGUAUACAAUUGUGGAGGUGCCACAUUGGGAAUGGAUCCCGCUUCUUCGACGCUCCCUUGCUGAGAGACUUGCAUACAUGCACUGCAAAAUUUUUAGUAGUUUUGACUCCCGAAAAAGGAAAUGAUUUUUAAUUUGUUGUCAUUUUUAUUUAUGUAAUUGUAAUAUAUAAAAAAUGAAA